AGGGCUCCGCUCCGCCUACGCUGCGGGCGGCGAGCAACCGCCGAGCUCGGUAGGAGUCAAGGUUUUCACAUCCUUUCUAUGAGUUUUGCCAUCUGUAGCUUUUAUCAACAAUUUUGGUUUAAUCAAUUAGAAAUAGAGAAGAGUCAUUAACCAGGAGAAAAUGUCAAAUCUAAAAAUGAAAGAGGCGGCCCUCAUCUACCUUGACAGAAGUGGAGGCCUCCAAAAGUUUAUAGAUGACUGCAAGUACUACAAUGAUUCAAAACAAAGCUAUGCUGUGUAUCGAUUCAAAAUUUUAAUAAAUCCCUCUGAUGUUGUUGAAUUAGAUGCUGAGCUUGGAAAUCACAUUUUACACCAACCUUUAAAAGCUGCUGAAGUUUUUCAAUCAGUCUGUUUUAUUGCUGUUAAGACUCUCUCAUUAAUUGGACAAUUGCAGACUGAAAUGCAAAUUAAUAUAGUGCUGAAAUUAACACAUUUACCUCCCCUGCCAAGUUAUGGUCUUGAUCUUUGUGAGUUUCCACUUGAUUAUACAUCUCAGAGAUUUUAUAUGAUGCAAGGAAUUGUGACUGCAAUGACAACUGUAACCAAGUAUACACAAGGGGCAAGAUUUCUUUGUUCAGACGAAGCAUGCCCUCUUUCAAAAGGAUUUCAGUAUAUAAGAGUGCAUGUGCCUGGUGCUACAGAAUCUGCAACGAUAAGAAAUGACUUUUUGUGUAAUCUGUGUUCAUCUUCACUUCAGGAAGACAGAAAAUUUAGAGUACUUGGUGAUAAACAAAUAGUUGAAAUAAUUGCUACAAAGGCACUUCAUGCUUUUCAAGGAUAUUCUAACAACCAGCCAUUUAGGUUUCAAUCACUUACAAUUUUCCUAAGAGAUGAAUCAGUGAAUAAAAUGAAUAUAGGAAAUGAAUAUAAAAUUAUUGGAAUUCCAACCUGUGUAAAAACCUCACAAACUGCUGUCUGUAUAGAAGCAAAUAGCAUAACUUUUUGUAAUUCAAAAGUUCCUUCAGGAAUUAGUGACAACUUCAGGUGUCUCCUCUCCUUAACUUCCGGCUCGUGCUGGAAGUUUACAGCAAUACUUGCCAAUAUCUUUGCAUCACAAAUUACCCCUCCUGGGACUUACAAUUUGCUCAAGCUCUGUUUGUUGAUGAGUCUAGUACAGACAACUGACCGUAACAAGAAACUGGAAGAUUGCCUGGAUAUUUUAAUUAUAACAAGUGAUACUCUACUCAUAGACAGGCUUCUGAAUUUUAGCAUAAACCUUGUCCCCCGUGGUAUACGUCAUCUAGUCUCUACUGAAAUUUUUCCCACUCUAUCCAGGAAUAAGUAUGGAACUGGAGCAGUUAGCAUUCAGGCUGGCAGUGCUUUGCUAGCUAAAGGUGGUAUCUGCUUUAUAGGAGACUUGGCUUCACACAAAAAAGAUAAACUUGAACAGCUUCAAUCAGUUCUGGAGAGCAGAAGCAUCACAGUGUACAUCCCAGGAAAGAAGUUUGGGGAGGAUAUUGAUCAACAGAUGACUUUUCCAGUUCAGUGCAGUUUUUGGUCUUUUGUUGAUACGGAUUCAUCUUCAAGGAGAAAUGCACAGAAAAUCAACACUCUAAUUGGUCAGAUGGAUUGCAGUUUGAUUCCAGCUAACCUUGUGGAGGCAUUUGCUUUAUUGAUUAACUGCAAUGAGUCAUCUCCCUGCCACCCAUUUCUUCCUACUGUGCAACACACUUUGAACAAAGCCAUUAAUCCUGAAGGGCUGUUUUAUGCAGCUUCUAGACAGUUCACAACUGAAGAUUUUGAAAAGCUAUUGGCUUUUGCAAAGAAUUUGAAUGUAGAAUUCAGCUUGGAAGCAGAAAGAAUGACUCACGGCUAUUAUCUAGCAAGUCGCAGAAUCAGAACAGGCUCUGUAUGUGGAUCAAAGCUGUCAGCAUCUGCGUUAAAAUAUCUCGUUUUCCUAUCUGAAGCCCAUGCACGACUGAACUUAAGGAACAAAGUGCUUAAAGAAGAUGUGCUGAUUGCAGCCUUACUAUUUGAAACAUCCCUCACAUUGAAAUAUGGGGCCACUGUAUUUUGUGUUGCUCCGAAUGCAGUAUUUCCAUUUGAACUGUAUAAUGAAGAAUACUUAGAGCAAAGGGAUCUCUAUCUGACUCAGUGCCAACAACAGCUGGAACAAUUUAUUGCCACAUAUGGACCUGGGACAACUAUUUUCUCUAGUGAUGAAUAAGCAAUUUAAGGAAUUUUUGUUAAUUCCUACUUAAGCAGUGGAGAAAAAGUGUGAGUAUUUUGAGAGUGACUUUGAAGUAAUGCUUUGAUAAUACUUUGUACAGGAAUAUGUUACAAUACUAUUUUUAAAAAUAUAAAAUAUAGUCCUAUCAAAACUAAUUGCUAAUGGGAUAAAUACUAAUCCAAACCUCUAAAACCAACAGAAUUUUAAAACUUAGAACUAUGUGGACAAUUUAAAAUGAUAAAGUUGUCAAGGAGAAUACUAUAAAGAAAAACCUGUUAGCCCAGAAUACCAGUGGUGAACAGGUAAAAAUGUAAAGAAUGUUGCAAUUUAAGCAGUGUGUAAAAUGGCAACCUUUAUGUAGUUCACUCUACUGUCACAAGAUGGCAAUAACUCUUUACCUACAAAUUACUCUAAAACAUUUUUCUUCCACUUGUGAACUUGCUAAACUGAUGAGUAAAUACUUUAUAUAACCCGAAGCUUCAAAUGUAAGGCCUUUUCAUACUUUUUACUGGCAUGUCCAUUACAUAACUACUGUUUUAGAAGCCCUAAAUAUGGAAUUGGGAAAAGCCUUGGAAGUUUUCCAUAUGUAUAUGCUAGGUUAAAUGAAAAAAAUACUUUACACGGAAACAAGGAGCCAAUAACUUACAAACUGGCUCUCUAACCCUAACUGGUUACAAGAAAGGUUCCAAAAGGCAAAGAAACCAACUUGCAAAUCUAGUCCUCAUUUUUGGAGGGAAGAUAUCUGCUCUGAAAAGAUAGGGGCACCAUGAGAAAACAAAUCCAUCUUGUAAAAUUUAUAAAUCCUUUUUAGUUCAGUUUCCAUAACUUUAAUAAAAGAUCAGUUCUAUUCACAGAAAAGCAAAAUGUCAUUACCAAAUUCCCACUUUAUUAACCAAGAUGUUACCAUGCAUCAAUUCUUUCAAAACUGGUCCCUUAACAGAGAUGCUUAACUACACAGCUGGACCUCUCCCAUUCUCCACAGGACCCAGAGGAAGUUGUUCACUAUUCUUGAAUACCUACUAGUAGCAGGGAGUAAACAGUAUUAGUUUUCAGAAGCCAAAGGUAGUGUUUCUGUUUUUGUUUCUUGAGACGGGGUCUCUCUGUCACCCAGGCUGGAGUGCAGUGGUGUGAUCUUGGCUCACUGCAACCUCCACCUCCUGGGUUCAAGUGAUUCUCCUGCUGGGAUUACAGGUACACUCCACCAUGAUCGGCUAAUUUUUGUAUUUUUAAUAGAGACAAGGUUUCACCAUGUUGGCCAGGCUGGUCUUGAACUCCCGACCUUAGGUGAUCUGCCUGCCUCAGCCUCCCAAAGUGCUAAGAUUACAGUUAUGAGCCAACACGACUGGCAACAAAGGUAGUUUUCAACAAAAUAUUUACAUAUUACAGUUCUAUAAUGUUAAGACGUUUAUUUUGUGCUUCUCAAAUACUACAUUUCAAACAUGUCUGGCUCUCUUUGGGGGGAAGGCAAAACACAUUCCUAUUUUAUAAAACUAGGAUCCUUUUACAAUUGGAAAGCUUAAAAACACUAUUUUUUAUUUUUAUUUUUGAGAUGGGCUGUCACCGUUUGGAGGGCAGUGGCGCCAUCUCAGCUCCCUGCAGCCUUGACCUUGCAAGCAAUUCUCCCACCUUAGCCCUCGAGUAGCUGGGACUACAGGGACAUGCUACCACCCUGGGAUAACUUCUGCAUUUUUUGUAGAGGUGGUAUUUUGCCGUGUUUUCCAGGCUGGUCUCAAGUUAUCCUCCCAUCUCAGUACCUCAGCUUUCCAGUGUUGGGAUUACAGGAGUGAGCCACCAUGCAUGGCACCAAGAUGGCUUUUAUUUACUUAUCUAUAUUUAUAUAUACAUAUUUAUAUGUAGCUGUCACCCAAGCUGUAGUGUACUGAUGCAGUCAUAGCUCACUGCCACCUUAAUCUCCCCAGCUCAAAAAACCCAACCUCAGUCUCAAAGAUGGUUACUUCACCACAAAAAAAUUAAAAUGUUUAAAUUUCUCAUUAAAGAGUAGAAGUGUACAUUCAGAAAUUAUGGGAGGUAAUUCGUUAACAUUAAAUAUGAUGCCAAUGGUAUUUUAAAGGUUACUGGAGAAUUAGAAGGGGGUGGGGUGCAGGAUGAAAAAUUAAUGGGUGCAAUGUACACCAUUCAGGUAAUGGCUGCACAAAAAGCUCAGACUCCAAACUACUUCAUAUACCUAUGCAACAUAACUGCACUUGUACCCCCAAGUCUAUACUGAGGGAAGUGACUAAGAUGUUGCUAUACAGGUUUUAUACCAUUUAUCAUAUAAAAACUAUAACCUUGGUAAAAGGAAUUUGUAAGCUAGUACUCAACAGGAGAAAAGAUUUAGCUCUAAACCUUCACCCAGAUAUAAAUUCAGCUUUAGAAUUCUUGCCAAUUUAGUCCUAGACAGACUGGUCUGCUCAGUCAUUUCUCUUAACAUAGCAUACUGCUUAGUUAUUACAUGUACUAGUAUUAGGAUGAAUUUUUUGUUCACAAAGAUGAAAGCAAACUGAAUAAAAAAGGUGAAACCUUUAUCUGUAAGGGGGAAUUUGAUUGCUAUUUGGUAUUAAAGAGUUUUAAGAUUCCAACCACCUGGUACAACAGCAGGCUCUGAAGGGGAAGCCAGACAGGGAACCUAGAGGUACAAGCAAUGUCUCCCCAGCUGUCAGCCUCAAUGAGAAUCACCACCCAUAAAUAAGCUAAUUAUUGACAAGAUUAUCUUUCGAAUGUGUUCAAAACAGGUCUGACUAGUGACUAUGAGAAUGGAGCUAUUUAGAGUUGAUUUAAAAGAAAACACUUUAUUGUUCAGCAAUUAAAAGUUAGCAAAAUAUGUAUUUUUCUCCAUAAUUCAUUGUGAUGUUAUCAACAUCAAGUAAAAUGCUCAUUUUCAUCA